UAAAGGCGUGCUAAGUGACGUCAUCCAGAGCGCCGGAAUGAUAGACAGGACACGAGACAAUUCAGGAGGAUUGAGAACAAUUUUAGAAAAAAAAAUCCAUCUCUGAAACACAGAGGAGAGACAGAAAAAGCUGCUGUUCAGAUUACAUCUAGAUGGAUAUAAAAAAGGAGACGUGUGAGGCUGACAUAAAUACCAAAAGAGUAAUGGCUGUAAGUGUUAAGAAGGAGGAGUGUAAGUGGGAGUCCAUCCACCCUAAACAGGAGAGUCUCCACAUUAAGGAGGAGGACUGUGAGACAGGGUUAGUGAGCAUUAAAGAAGAGGCUGAAGAGACGUCUGUCAGCAUUGAGACAAACAUUUGUAAAAGUGUGCAGAAUGUCAAGGAAGAGGACCAUCAGUGUGGGGGUGAAGAUGGAGCAGAGACCGGGUUAGUCUCCUCUCACAGCAGACCCUGUGCAUCAUCAGAGCCUUCAAUCCUGGUGAAGUCUGAAUCAUCACAGCCUGACACACAGAGGACUGAAGACCCUUCAUCCGUUAGAAUUCAGGACGAUGAGCCGCCACCUACAAAUCAAGCUGAUAAAAGAAACAGACCUCACUGUUGUUCUGAAUGUGGCAAACGAUUCAAUCGCUGCAGUGUUCUACAGACCCACAAAAGAACUCACACUGGAGAGAAGCCCUAUUGCUGUUUGGAAUGUGGCAAGCAGUUUUCAGAAAAGAGCAUUCUUACAAAACACAAAAAAAUUCACACUGGAGAGAAGCCCUAUUGCUGCUUAGAAUGUGGCAGACAAUUCUGUCACAAGAGCAGUCUUCAGACCCACAGUAGAAUACACACCGGAGAGAAGCCAUAUCGCUGCAGUGAAUGUGGCAAACAAUUCAGUUACUGGAGUUGUCUUCAGAAGCACAAAAGAAUUCACACUGGAGAGAAGCCAUAUUGCUGUUCUGAGUGUGGAAAGCAAUUUAGCCAGAAAGGUGGUCUGCACAGACACAAAAGAAUCCAUACUGGAGAGAAGCCCUAUUGUUGUUUGGAAUGUGGCAGACAAUUCUGUCACAAGAGCAAUCUUCAGACCCACAGCAGAAUUCACACCGGAGAGAAGCCAUAUUGCUGUAGUGAAUGUGACAAGCAAUUCUGUGACUGGAGUUAUCUUCAGAAACACAAAAGAAUUCACACCGGAGAGAAGCCAUUUUGCUGUUCUGAGUGUGGAAAACAAUUCCGUCAGAAGAGUGGCCUGCACAGGCACAAAAGAAUUCACACCGGAGAGAAGCCAUAUUGCUGCUCAGAAUGUGGCAAGCGGUUUUCACAAAACAGCAUUCUUACAAGACACAAAAAAAUUCACACGGGACUGUUUGGAAUGUGGCAAAUGAUUCUGUUACCGGAGGAGUCUUCGGAGCCACACUAGAAUUCACACUGGAGAGAAGCCAUGUUGCUGUUUGGUAAUGCGGCAAAUAAUUUUGUCACCAUCAUAAUCUCCAAAGCCAACAAAAGAAUUUCCAGUGGAGAGACCUUGAAGAUACACAAAGGAAAUGGAAUGGUCUGAGAAACCAUGCUUAGACCAGCUGCUAACUGGUCCAGAUGCCACACCAAACCUCUGUCUUAAAAACUGGGAUAUGGAUAAGUAUAUAAAUGUGUUACAAUCACUGCGGCACCCACAGGUGACACCAAAGUGAAUCACCACAGGAACAACUCUCCGAUUUUUAAAAUCUGAUCAAAGCAAAACCCAUCGCCUCUUAACCUGCCUGUCUACCAGGUAUAAACUCUUUACAGCAGUGUUUCUUAAACUAUGAGUCACAACCCAAAUUGAGUCGUGGACAUGUUUGUGGUGGUUUGCCACAUGACUGUAGUAAAGUUAGCCAAGUUCGUCCAAGAGCAAAUUAUAUCUGUUUAGCAUGGGGGAAAAAAAUGCUGUUAAGUCAUUGCAAAGAUCUUUUGUUUCUUUAGCACGAAAAUCUAAUAAGUAUUGCCCACCAGACAACCUUCCCCAUCACAACCAGUGAAACAAUCAAACUGAGAUGACUGGCAAGCAAGAAAGCAAAUGCACGUUUAAGAAAAGGGGGUGAGAGGACAGAAUGACAGAUGAGAUUAGCGCUGCGCUUCCCUUCACCACACAGUUGGGAUUGUCAAAGAAAUGAACUGAUGUGGCACAAGAAUGGCAACAACAAAGGGUGAGUCAAUAGGAUCGGGGUGUGUGUGUGUUGUAUACUAAAAUCAGUUUCAAUGGACAUGGUCGAUAGAUCAUCGUGUGCUUGCCAUUUAGUAGUACGUUGAGUCAAAAUCUGUAGUAGAGGUGCAAGGAAGAGUCUGCUUUAAGUUUAAUGUGUUUUGAUGAGGAAGAUUAGAAUACCUUCUCAUCACACCAUUCUAAAGGGCUUCGAUAAACCUCAGUCUAUUGGUAAUGUGAUAAACACGUGUGGACCACUGGGAACAGUAAGAACACCGGAAAAUGUGAAAACAUCGAGACGAGGUGGGGACA